AUGAAUGUUCGCCCAGCCACAACUCCGUCAGAUGGAACGCUUGUGACAGGCGAGACUUGCAUGCCCGGUCGAGGUGAAGUGUUGGUACGCAGUCCGUCGAACGGAGACCAGGCUGCUACUGCUGCUGCUGCUGCUGAAUCGAAUCCCGGUCGUGCGGUCAAAUCGAAAUCGGGCACAUUCGAAUCGCCUAACUGGUCCAGACAAAACGACCUUGAACCGCGCUGUGUGUAUCGAUUUAUAGCGGAUGUGGGAGAGAAAGUGCACGUCAAAUUUGAUCGUUUCCAGUUACGAGGUGAAAUGCCUUAUUGCUCCGAGGAUUUUCUCGACGUCUACGUUGAUGUGGCCUCAUCCUCGAUGGAUGUGGAUCGGGAGAACGCGUUGCUCACACAUUUGGUUUCCGGCGAACCACACACAACCACCCCGUUUUCUGCCGCCGUGUACUCCACCGUGCUCGAUCGAUCCGCCUUACUCGGUCGGUUCUGUGAGGCUGCACUGGCCGGAUCUCCAGUUGAGUUCAUCAGCUUGCAUCGAGAGAUUGUGCUGGAUUUUUACACUGGUUCUGAUCUGAAUGCGCUUACCGCCAGAUUCAACCAGUUUGGCUUCAAUGGAACGUUUGAGUUUAUCCAAGAUUGUGAGUUUCCAAUAGCAAUUUGGAAGUCUAUUCUGUGA